AUGGCAGAUGAGCUAAUUAUUGACGCCAAUCGUUGUGCUUUCCGAGAGCUAUUUAGCAAAUUAAAGCAAAAGGAAAAGAUGCUGACCUACAAUGAAUUAUUCAAAUUUUUGGAAAAGGCACAUAUAUUUCCUGAUUUAUUAGAUAUUUAUAGACUGAAAUCCUUGAUUUUGGAUAGCGCAAAAACCAAUGGGAACUAUGAUAAAAGGCCAAGUUUUUCAUAUAUGGGAUUUGAAAUUUUAUUAUGCGAACUGGCUAAUAAAAUAUAUGAGAAACAUCCUCAAAAUGAGAGGUUUAAACUCUUGAUAAGGCAUAUAGUGAUUUCAUGCAGGCUGCUGUAUGGUGUUCAUUUAACCCAGACUUUGUCACAAGACCCACUUGAUACUUUUAAUUCUGAAUCAACAAAUUCUUUAUUUUUUGCUACUGAGGACAAGCGGUUAGCAAAAGCACAAUCACUUACUCCCACCCUCUGUGAGCAAUCAAAAAAUUUUGUUUCAAGGAAAGCUGCUAAUUUUUUUUAAAAUUUAUAUGUAUAAAUUUUAUAGAAUUUUUUUUCAAAAUUUUAAAAAAUUUAAAAAAUUCCCGAAAUAAUUUAGACAAAUAUUAAUUUAACUUGUGUAUUUUAUGUUUUAAAAUGCAAGUAUUUAAAAUUAAACAGUAUUAGCUAGAGAUUUCAUUUUAAUAAUUAUCACUUAUAUAUCAAAUAUUUUUUCAUAAAAAUUUUUUAUUUACGGAGGGUGGGUUUUUACUCAAAAAUAGGCAUUUUUCCUAGUUUUUUUCUGUCACGGAGGUGGAUUUAAGGGCUUAACUUCCCCUUUUCAAGCAUUCAAGAAUUCCAGGGAUAAUUCUUUCAAAAACAUUACUAACAAACUACCAAUAGCAAAUCCAGAAAAGAAUAUUAAGCCCGCAGUAAAAAAUGAUUCAACAGUUAACAUUCUUUUAAAGACAAAAAGACCGGUUCUGCAAACUGCUCAUCAAUCUCCCAACAAAAUCUCACCAGAAGUUAUUGGAAAAUUAAUUGGAUCGAAAUCAUUAACAGUCUCUCCUCUAGCUGCUUCUGAAAUUCCUUCACCACAAACCCCAAACCAAAACUCCGAUGAUAUGAGCCUUUCAUUCGAUGAUAGAUAUGAAAAGAUUGUAGAACUAUUUAGCGAGUUUAAGAAAAAGAACGAGUCACUAAAAUUACCAAAAACUGGCUGCAUUAGCUCGAAGGUUUUAGAAUUUAUAAGCCAUAUAAGAAACCGAAGAGUAGGAACAGUAAGCGUCAUUUAGAAAUAUUUAUUGAAGAUGAAUUUUGAAUUAUGGAAACUAAAAACUCUACGAAAAAAAUUAAAUUAA